AUGGCGUCAACUCUAGCCGCUGGUCUGGUCGCAUUCCGCAGGUGGAAGAAUCCAGACGCAGUCAGUGCAAUUGGCAAAGCAUUCUACAAAGGUGGAUUCGAAUCAACGAUGACACGGAAGGAGGCAGCACUGAUACUCGAGCUCAAUGAACGAACAUUAGGCAACCGCGAAGUAGCACGAGAGAAGAUCAGGAAAAAUCAUAGGAAACUGAUGCUUCUAAACCAUCCUGAUAGAGGUGGGAGUCCUUAUCUAGCGACGAAAGUGAACGAAGCGAAAGAGUUGUUGGAAAGAGGUGGAUAG